GUAGCGCUCAGCUCUCCCAUGAGGACUUUCCUGCAGAGGACGAGGGACAUUAUUGUGUUAGUUUAUUGAGCAUCUCGCUCUGAAGUGCAACAAGAAAAACAUGAAGCUGGAAGUUUUCUCCACCCCUCGCAUCUCGGAGAAGGACCCGCUCGGUGAGGCUGAAGUGAACUCUCCGCUGUGCGCCGAAGAGGAGCUGGGCUCGGACGGAGACUGCGCGGCUCACAGCCCGGCCCCCGCGGCGCGCGUUUCCGGCGGCACGGUCAAGCCGUACACACGCAGGCCCAAGCCUCCCUACUCGUACAUCGCCCUCAUCGCGAUGGCAAUUCGAGACUCGGCCACGGGCCGCCUCACACUGGCCGAGAUAAACGACUACUUGAUGAAAAAAUUCCCCUUUUUCCGCGGCAGCUACACCGGCUGGCGGAACUCCGUGCGGCACAACUUGUCGCUGAACGACUGCUUUCUGAAAGUGCUGCGGGAUCCGUCGCGCCCCUGGGGCAAGGACAACUACUGGAUGCUGAACCCGCACAGCGAGUACACCUUUGCGGACGGCGUUUUCCGCCGCAGGAGGAAGCGUAUUAGUAACAAACCUCUCAAGGACUUGGAAACGCUCGCUAGGGACACCAGCAUGCCUGUGCGCGAAGAGAACACCAGAAACGGCACCAAGUUUUCCAGCUCAUUCGCCAUCGACAGCAUUCUCAGUAAACCAUUCAGGUGCCGGGACGAGUCAAGGGAAGGAGUUUCUAGCAGCACUGAGCUAAUGUUACCUGCAGUAUCUCACUUUAUGCCGCUGGUCAUGAGUUAUCCACUGACCACUGUACCGUUAUUCCAUCUCAGCCCUGAAGUCUCACGUGCGCCUCAAGGCGGCAGAUGCGACUCCUCGAACUUAACUAAACGCGUGCCAGAUUUCCAGAGCCACCUCCAGGAUUUGCCACAUCCCCACAUCCCCCUUUACACUGCACAGGAGGCCCGGUACCACCCCUUCAGAAUUGACUCUUUACUUUCCUGAGACACACAAUACACCCCAGUGAUGUGCACUUUCUCUCUUAUAUGGUCUGAAAACUGUUAGGGUACUUGCUGUAACUAACAUAUCCUUCACUAUUUCUGUGAACGCACACAGUAAGUCCAAAAUCUUCUAAAUGUGGCAAUGCGUUCACUUGUGUUUACUAAUUCCAUUUUUUAUUUAUCGUAAGUGACUUGAGAAGUGUGGUAUGUAUUUAAAUGUAUAUGGUUUGUAUCAGUGACGUUGUUUGGUCAGAAACCUUUGCUAAUGUUAAUAUGUGGAGAUUAUUUGUGUGAGCUGCGCUCCACCAGACGGACAGAACUGUAUCACUGAAAUGUGUGAUAUUUGCUAAUAAAGAAAUAAAUGUAACCCAGAGAAACGUUAGUGUCUUUUUCAAGUUUGGGUUUGUUACAUUGAAGCUGUAAUAUGACAAAUGUGCCAAUAAAGAUCUUGAACCAUU